AUGCUAAGACGUGCAGCAUUGCCUCUGUUGAGGCCGCGCCACGCCCGGCCUCUGCUGCCGCAAGCACUGACCCAGAUCCCGUUGCGAUACUACUCCAAAGGGGAUCGACCUGCAAAGGACGCAGAUUACAAGAUCCCCGGUAUAUCAAAAGAUUCGCCGCAGCAAAAGGAACCCCUACGGAAAAUCCCCUUCACACAACCCUCCCAAGCUUCGAAUGCCGACAAUCGCGGAGACUUAUCGCCUAUCACUCCAUCAAAAUCGUCCCCAAAUCCGCAGCGACCUUCUGAAAAUCCCCCAUUCGGCACCGAUCCGGCUCGGGAUCUCGACGAUGUCUCGGCAUCAGUGAUUGAAGCACGUAAGAGAUCUUUAAAGGAUGGGGAGGGACAACAGAAAGAACUUGAGAACGAGCCAGGCGCCCACCAACCAGAAAAAGUUGCUGCGGAACAAGAAACUCUGGGUGAGCGUGAUCAGACUGCGGCAGACCAACCGCAACAACCCCUCCCUGAUCUGACCAAAGGCAUCCCAUCGACUUUGGACGCGGAACUUCGUGAGGCAAGGUCGAAACAGAGCUCCCACCCCCCCAGCCUCAAUAUCACCGAAGAUCCGUCGGAAGAGCUGCCGAGCGGAGCACGUGGGCGAGACCGCCGCGAUAUUCCUCGAGAACAAUAUGUCUCUUCUAGCGAUCGAAAGAAGAAUGCGGCGUUUCGAUACAUGUACAUUGUCCUGGGAUUGGGCACCAUCGGCUUCUCCGUCUACUUGGGACGCAACUGGGCAGACGAAGAGGAGGAGAAGAAACACCCUGAUGCCCCUUCAGGAUGGGGCUUCAAACCUUUCUACAACAGAGUCAGCGCUCGUCUAUCCUCUACCUUGAGCUAUUACCGAGAUCCUGUCUCGCCGAAACUCCUGCCAGACGAGGAUCAGGACCCGAACUUCCGCUUUCCGUUUGUUCUUGUAAUAAGCUUGGAGGACAUGCUUGUUCACUCGGAAUGGACUCGUGAGAAGGGCUGGCGGAUAGCCAAGCGACCAGGAAUGGACUAUUUUAUCCGAUAUAUGUCAAAUUACUAUGAACUUGUCCUCUUCACCAGUCAACCUAUGGCGGUGGUGGAGCAGGUGAUUCGAAAGUUGGAUCCUUACGGCAUGAUUCCAUUCUACUUGUUUCGCGAAGCGACAUUAUACAAAGACGGCGGUUAUGUCAAGGAUCUUUCCUAUCUCAACAGGGACCUCAAAAAGGUGAUCAUCAUGGACACUGAUCCGCACCAUGUGAAGCAUCAGCCUGAGAACGCUAUCAUCCUGCCUAAGUGGGAUGGUGAUCCAAAAGACCAGACGCUGGUUCAGUUCAUUCCCUUCCUGGAAUACCUAGCGACAAUGGGAUUCAGUGAUGUACGAGAAGUCUUGAAAUCAUUCGAAGGAACGUACAUACCUGCCGAGUUCGCCCGAAGAGAGAAACUCCUUCGGGCCAAGUUUGAGGCCGAAGAAGCAGAGAAGCGCAAGAAAAGACCCAGGAAGACCUUGGGGAAACUGUCAUCAAUGUUGGGACUGUCAGGCCACAACCCAGAUGGGAUGCAGAGUCCUGACGAGGCUAUGUCCGAGGGAAAGAUGCUCUGGGACCAAAUCAGGGAGCGUGGUCAAAAACGGUACAUGGAGCUGGAGAAGCAUAUUCAACAGGAAGGUGCCAAAUUUCUAGCAGAACGAGAAGCCGAAGAGAAGCGAUUGCAGGAAGAGGCGUACAAGAGCAUGAAGCCUGGUAAUUGGUUUUCAGGCCUGUCAGGCAGCAAAAAGGUUGAGGAAACGGAGCAGAAGUGA